CUAAGGCCACCCUGACCCUGCAGCAUCGGCAGGUCGGGCGCUCCAUCGCACUCGGGUGAGGGUUCGGGCGGCCGAGAUGGGGAAUUUCCUCGACACGCCCAUCACGGAUAAGGAGACCGACGUCGGCGAGGAUCUGCAGGGAGCUGGCCUCUCGUACGGAGUCUCUGCGAUGCAGGGCUGGAGGGCGCAGAUGGAGGACGACCACCUCCACAAACUGGGCCUGCCCGACGCGCCAGACGUCUCAUUAUUCGGCGUCUACGACGGGCACGGCGGCGACUUUGUCGCGCACUACGUUGCGCGCAAGUUCCCGGAGCACCUCUCUCGCGCCGGCACGCUGCGAGGCUCCGACGCCGACUUCGCCACGACGGCGACCAAGGCGUUCGAGACCGCGCUGAUGUCGAUCGACGCGGAGCUCCUGCAGCAGCCAGAGGUCGAGUCGGGCCAGGACCAGUCCGGAUCCACAUCGGUCAUGACGCUCAUCUCGCCAAAGCACAUCGUCUGCGCGAACACGGGCGAGGUGCGCAGCCUUCUUGUCGACGGGCGGCCUGCGGAGCGGAGCUCGAGCGCGUCCGCGGCCAGCGCUCAGGCCGAGCAGCAGCAGCGCGAGACGGCCACGCCGCCGGCGGAGAAGAGGCCGUGGGAUUUGGGGGCCGUCUGCGAGGAGCUCAUCGAUCAUUGCUUGCAUCUGGGCUCGCGCGACAACAUGAGCGUGCUCAUUGUCCUGAUGGACCAAAAACUCAAACCGAAGCCCGACCCAGCGUGACGGCCUCGGACGGUCGCUGGGUGGGCAUGAGGUGAUGUAUGAUUCCACGCAUGGUGGUGUCCUUACCUGCAGACACCAAACUGCGGCGGCGGCGGCGGCGGGCGGCAGCGCGCGGCGCAGUGGAGGCUGCACUCCUCGCACUCUCCGUCCCCUGGGGGAGGCCUCGCACGCGCGCGCCCCUCCCCUGCUUACUCCGCGCUUUGCGCCCGCCCUCAGUAGCAUGGGCACGUGGGACACGGAGACUGUCACGCAUCACGUCGGGAGACACACUCACGGAGUUGUCAUUGUGCACCAGGCCCCAGGGUAGUAGUAGAGCUCUUUAACGUUGCUACUAUCAACUCUCAUUUGUCUCCGCGGUUAAGUUUUGUCCGUUUACACGGU